AUGUUUUUAAAACAUAAGUCUCUCGCUCGGAUUCCUAAUCCAGAUGUUUUGUUUCUCUUCAAUGCAGGCCAAUCAAAGGCAUUGAUGCUUUGUUUACAAAAAUGAUUUUCGUUUACUUUUUGGGAAUUGAUUCCCUGGAUGAUUUACCAUUCAAGUCAAAUACGAGUUUGCAAUAUUGGCUACUGGUUAGCAUCAACCGAGAUUACACUGAUCAUCAUUGAUGAAUACAAUAAUGUGCACUUAUGAAUCCAGGAACGUACAUUAAGAAAUAAAAUGGGGCCAAUUCUGAUUUCACAUCAAUGCACAUGUUUUCUACGAUCAUCCAUUUGGAAAAAGAAAUAAGCCAUGUUGAUUGAAUAGGAAUGACGUGAUAGCUUCACGAGUUCAGGGUAGUAAUUCAUAUUGCCUUGUGGAAUAUUUCUGUAAAUGUUUACUGUGGAAGUGACUUUCCUUUGUAUCUGUCUGUAUGUGAGCGUUUACUUCUCCAAGGGACUGAGGAGUCACAUGGACCUUGUAUGGCAAUAUAUUUAAGCUGCGCAGGCGGAUUGGUCGAAGGAUGCACAUCCUUUAUUUGAUUUGAGAGAGGACCAUAGGCACAAAGUCAUAUCAUGGCAUCAGAAAAACGGUGUUGAUUCAUAAGGACGACAUGAGUGUGAGCUGCAGAAGAAAGCAACCUGAGCUCUUCAAAUCUGAAAACACACGAAAGCCGCAGAAAGACAGCUUGUUUGCUCUUCGAGUCAUCUUUCUGGAUGAUAGCGAGCAUGUUUUUGAAAUGGAGCAAAGGGUGCUGGGAAAGGAUUUCUUCAACGCAGUAUGUGGACACCUAAAACUUGUGGAAAGUGAAUACUUUGGGCUUGAGUUCCGACAUCAUUGUGGCAGUUAUGUUUGGUUGGAACUGCUUAAGCCUCUUGCGAAACAGAUUAAAAGAAGGAACGAUCCGACUUUCCGCUUCAUAGUCAAGUUUUUCCCUCCAGACCCAGGACAACUGCAGAAAGAACUAACCAGGUAUCUGUUUGCGCUGCAGAUCAAGCAGGAUCUGUCUAACGGCAGUCUGACGUGUAACGAUAACAGCGCUGCUCUGCUGGUUUCCGAUCUUCUUCAGGCAGAGAUUGGCGACUAUGUAGAAGAGCUGGACAAGCAGCAUUUGGACAACAAGAGGUACAUUCCAAACCAAGAGUGCCUCCACAAAAAGAUCAUGCGUUUCCAUAGGAGACACGGAGGUCAAUCCCCAGCCGAAGCGGACGGUCAGUUGCUUGAAGUGGCCCAUAAGCUGGACAUGUACGGCAUCCGGCCUCACGCCGCCAGCGAUGGAGAGGACAUGAGAAUCAAUUUAGCCGUCACUUACUCUGGAGUGCUGGUUUUUCAGGGAAAUACUCAAAUAAACACUUUCAGCUGGGCCAAUAUUCGCAAACUCAGCUUCAAGAGAAAACACUUUUUGAUAAAACUUCAUGCAACAAUUGCGGAGUCUCGUAAGGACACCGUCGAGUUUGCCAUGGCCAGUCGUGACGUCUGCAAGGCCUUCUGGAAGAUGUGUGUGGAAUACCAUGCCUUCUUCCGUCUUUCUGAGAAACCGAAGGGCAAGCAAAAAUCACUCCUCUACAGCAAGGUAUCUUGCUUUAGAUACAGUGGAAGAACUCAAAAGCAGCUUUUGGAUUUUGCGAAGAAAUCUGAGAAGAACAACUUACCUUUUCAGAGGAAGUACUGUAGAGACUACUAUGAUACACGACAAUGCAGAUCCUCGCCUGACUUACUGACUGAUGUUUCCAAGCAGGCAUACGAGCAGCAGUCGUGUGGUUUUCCUCACGCGGGAAGCGGCAUGCGCAGUCAGUCGGCUGUGGAGGUUCUCGUCUCUGAGCCGGAGGAUUCUCAGGCGUCUUCCCUUCGGCCCUUCCGCUCUGAGGUGGACGCAGGGCCCAGUGCACAGCAGGAGCACAGGAACAACCGGAGAGCCCAGUUUAGAUGCCGUUUGAACAGACGCCAGCUGGUGCUGCUUUACCCAAACCACCCUCACGCAUGCCUGCAUCCGCUGUUGCCCGUGUGCCCGUCGUUCACUCUGGAUCACUCCUGCGCUCCAGUCCUGCUGCCGUGUUGCAGCCACACAGCUCAUGAGAUGCUGCCGGCGAUGGCAUGCUUCCUGGACGACGCCUUGCGCUCUUCGAGCUUCUCCGGAUCCGCGUACGCCUCCCCGGCGCUUACACAUUGGCAACGGUACGCCGGGAUAGGAUGGCCUCCGAUGCUCGGAGCAGCACCUGGGUUUUACGUAGCGGGAAGCUUUGGAGACCGAGAUCAGGAAGAGUUAGGCCACUUCAGUGACGACUGCAGCUACCAAACGGGCCUUCCUCGCCGGUCAUACAGCCAGUCUGACGUCAAGCUGUUGUGUCAGCCGGCAGAGUUUCGCCCGCUGGGUCACUAUCCUCACCUGUCUCGACGGGAAGGCCUCACGCGGCCGACAUACCUGCCGUUGCAUUCGGCACGACCGACAGACGGCAGCAGGUCAGAACUGAGCCACAGCGACUCGGAUCCGGACGUGAUGUGUUCGUUCUACUGUCCCGGGAUCAGCAGACUGGUGCGCUCCACGCCUCUGGCGCACAUGCGCAUUUCCUCCGGAAGCUUACAGCUGGACGAAGAGGAGGAGCGUUCGUUUAGUAAUGAAGGCACAUCAUCUGCGAUAGCUGUUAAAGCCAAACACAAGUCCUGAGAAUAAAACUGUAAACUCAUUCAGUAGCCAAAAGCAUCAUAACCGCAUAUAAAAUAAUAGUCAGAAAAA